UUUUGUUUGAUUUGGUUAGAUGGAUGAAGAUGAGUGGAUGUAUGAAAUAAUGUCUGAACGAGCGGAUAUGGAUUAUGAAAAUGCAAAAUCAUGUGGUGCGAAUGAACCACAUGUUGAUUGUUCGGAAGCGUUCAAGACUUCUCAGGUGUUUGAGUGCCGAGAGGAUGUUUUGCGGUCGGACACAAACACAGGUAGUAGAGGAAGAAGUACAUUUGUGUUAAUUGGCUGUGAAAGGAGUGGCGAGUAUAAGUGUAGGAAAAAAGAAUUUAUCAGAAGAGACACUGGGACUAGGAAAUGUGGGUGUCCCUUCAAGCUUCGUUGCAAGCCAGUGGCUGGAGGAGAAGGUUGGAUGGUGAAGUUGAUUUGUGGAGUGCAUAAUCAUGAAUUGGCCAAGUCAUUAGUUGGACAUCCAUAUGCGGGGCGAUUGACUAAAGCUGAAAAGACACUUAUUGCUGAUAUGACGAAGUCCAUGGUGAAGCCAAGAAACAUUUUGCUAACUCUGAAGGAACACAAUGCCAAUAGCUGUACGACUAUUAAACAGAUAUACAAUGCAAGAAGUGCAUUCCGUUCUUCCAUAAGAGGAAGCGAUCUUGAAAUGCAACAUCUGAUGAAGCUUCUUGAACACUCUUGGUCGGUGGUCCGCAACCAUCUGCUUAAAGAACUUGCCAAUUUCUCAGAAGACUAUGUCAAGCUCUUUGGUGGCACGGAGAGAUUUGAGGAAUUAAGGAUGUCACUACUUGUUGAUGGGUUAACCAAGUUUGACGUGCAUAUUUGUUUUAUUCAAGUGACAACGGAUAAGUGGAUGGAUAUAACGGACAUGGGACAUGUCAUUGCAUCAAGGUAUAACGUAAUCGUUGUAUCCUUGUCUAAACAACAAAGCAUGACAUUCUUUCCCCUUAGAAGUCAACCGCUGACAAAUUCUUCAUUGCAUCGUAUAAUUUGUAUCGGUCAUGUGUAUGACAAUCAUUUUGUUGAGGUACAUUUUUAUUUAAAAGAACGUUGUCCCUUACCGCCUGUAUCAUUGUUAUGAUUUAGCAAUUGUCAUCCGCAGGCGAAGUCAUGGCCAAAUCCAUAUAUUAGCAGAAUGCAGCAUUACAAGAGCUUCAUGAUGUUCAAGAGAGACUAUGUUGACUUAAAUGAUGAUUGAACAUGUAAUUUAUAAAUGCCUGAUCGUUUUGAACAUGUAAUUUAUUUGUUACGUCCAUAACAAAAUUAUUACUUAAUUCUAAAAAAGCAUGUAUGAUAUAUCGUUGUCUGACUUGACUGCACAUUGUGAAAAACCGUGUUUGAUAAAUUGUUGUCUGCAUUAACAUAAAGCGCAUGAAAGGACCCUGCACAGCAUGACUACACAUGCAGAUCUGAUGCAAGCUAAAGCAUGUCAUGUCAUUCGUGUAGUUGACAACACAUACAGAAAGCAUGUGCAUGCGUAUUUUCAAUCUUUAAAAAAUGCAGCACUAAUAUUAAAACUCAUCUAUAUAUAUGGCACAACCUAACCUUGUAAGAAAGCACAAGUUUCAGUAUCAACCCAAGUCUUACAAAAAACUAUGGCAUUCUUGGGAGAGACAAGCAGUCAGACAGUUGUGAACUCCACAUUAGGUUUUAUUUUUCCAAAUGGAUCCAUUGUUCACAACGACAGUG